UUUCUACGCUUGCCUGCCGAGACACCUUCAAGGACAAUAUUAACCGUGACAUCAGCUGGGACAUUUCCUUGUACGAUUCUCGCUUACAAUUAUAUAGGGGCUAAAAAUUAUUUUAUAUACUUAAUACUACGACUGACCAGGAUUGUUAUCCAACUGGAGAUGUCGAUCUGUGACGAAAUUUGAUUUGGCGAAUGUCAGUGUGAAUGCUAACACUAAAGGGAUUGUAAAAUUAAGGAAAGAUGACAUUAGCAACAGUCAGUCACAGGUGGUCCUCUGGAAAAUGACACAACAGAAUGUUUCCUCAAGGAAAUUUCUAUAACACGGAUUUUUAAAAAAGAAAUCCGAGAGAAAAAUCAGUGAAAAUAAUGAAAGCGGAGGAUAAAGAAUCCGUCAUUUCCAAUGAGGAGAAAAAAUGUGUGAAAAACAAUUCGGAAAAGAAAUAUUUUUAUACUUUGGAAACUGACCUCCUCCCUUUCAAACUAUUUUACUUCUCCUUUUAUGGAGCUCUCGGGGCGGUUUUUCCGUUUAUGUCUCUAUAUCUGAAGCAGUUAGGACUGAGUCCACGAGAAAUCGGAAUCUUGGCUGGAGUUAGGCCUAUCUUAGGAUUCUGUAGCGGUCCUUUAUGGGGGUCAUUUGCCGAUAGAUGGCGUAUGCGGAGAUGCCUCCUUGUGGUCAGUACCCUAGGAUGGGUGGCAUUUAUAAUGGGUAUAGGAUUCGUGACCCCUCCCCGUAAAUCCGAGGAGAAAUGUCGAGACGUUGGGUUAAACAUUUCUGAGCCAGAUAAUGCAUCUGUUCCAUUUGACCUUAAUGUGACAAUGAACGAGGGUCUGAGGAUAAAUCGUGCAGAACUCCUGGAAAGUCGGGGCUGGAUGUUCAACACGGAUGAUCUUCAGAGGGUUUUCUAUAUUGUCUUUGUUUUGGUGAUUUUUGGAGAACUUGUUCAGUCUCCCACUUCCUCUCUCGCGGACUCCGGCUGUCUUGAACACCUUGGAAGCGAGAACAUGAACAAGUAUGGCUUCCAGAGAAGCUGGGGUUCCCUAGGAUUUGGAGCUCUGUCUAUCAGCGCUGGAGGAGUGGUCGCCUUGAACAGAUACAAGUUUGAGAUCUGUGGAUUUAGUUUCCAGAUGAGUGACUACAGAAUAUGUUUCUACUUUUUUGCUGGCUGCAUGGUUUUCACUUUCAUUGCUGCCCUGAUGUAUAAAUUUCCGAAACAAGAAGAAGAAAAAUCCAAUGGGAAACCAAUCCCAGCUGUGAUGGGGACUUUUAAGCUAUUCUGCUCUAUACAUUAUGCCUCCUGGCUGUUUGUUGCAUUCUUUAUGGGUGUGUCCAACGGUCUUAUAUGGGGCUUUUUAUACUGGCACUUGGAGAAUAUAGGGGCCACCCAGUUAUUAGUGGGCAUAGGCUCCGUGGUAAGCUGUACCUCCGAGGCACUGAUGUUUUUAGUUGUAUUCUACAUUUUUAAACAUAUAUCCUACUCGACCUUUAUGGUGCUCGGUCUGCUGGGAUAUAUCUGUAGAUUUUGUGUGUUUGCAUCGGUCACAAACCCUUGGCUAGUACUACCAGUAGAAAUAUUUCAAGGUUGUACCUAUGCUGGUGUAUGGAGUGCCAUGACGGCCUAUAUGUGUUCUGCAGUACCUCAGGAAAACCUGGCUACUAUGCAGGGGAUCCUUCACGGCGUCUAUUGGGGUCUGGGGUCCGGAUGCGGAAGUUUGAUUGGCGGAAUUCUGGUUCAGAGACUAGGUGCUCCAAUGACUUUCUGGAUUUUUGCCGGUGCUUCCGGUUUUCAUCUAGUAUUUUUUGUUAUAGCGCAAAAAUUCACUAAAGGCCGUCCCUUGGCAGAGGAAUAUGAAGAAAUUGUGAGCUAUACUCCACAGAAGCAGAAUGGUGAAAUAGACUAUGACAAACUCUCGUAUCACUGAUAUUGUCCUCGUAUAAGUGUUGAUAUUUUCCGUGGAAGAAGUUUCCCUAAAGAUAGUGAUAGUAUUAGUGACAAUGGACUUUAUUGACACAGUGUUGUAUUGUGAUUAUGUACAAUUUUAUCAAAAACAUUUAUUGCUGGAGUUGUAUAAAUUUAAAAAAAUUUGGAAAUAUCGAAAUAUAUACUUUUUUUUAGCUUAACAAUUAAUUUCCGUCUGAAAUAAUUUUAAGGUUCAUAAAUCCUCUGCUCACUCAUAUUAGAUGUUGCUUGAACCUUAAUGAUUUUCCUAAAGAAAUGUAUUUGAUAAGUAAAUAACAAACACUUUUGACAUAUCUUGCGGGGCAAAAUUGGGCAAAAAAGACACUGCAACUUGGCAAAUCUAUAAAGGAAUAAUAGACAUGUAUGUAAUUAAGAGUUAUCUCUCCUCAGAGUAUCGAUGAACCUUGAAGAAGAUUUUUAUUCCACUAUACACUAUAUUUAAGCCCAGUCAAACAAGAUAUAUUCAUCAAUAUAUAGAGAUUAUAUGAAAAUACCGUGCCGUUGAUGAAAAUUAACAUGUAUCGAAAUAAUCAAAUGCUUGAUAUUUAUAUAGAUAUAGCUCAAGAGAAAAGGUUGAUCUUAAAACAUGUAAUUAUACAAUUUUGAAGAAGCAAACUUUUUGAUUCACUCAUUCAAAUUGAUUUACAUGUUCUUCCCAAAAACAUAUUUUCAACUAAAAUGAGACGCUAUCAUAAGACGGUGUUUGAAAGCACUCACCUUUGUAUCUGGCUGACUAGCAAAGAAAAUGCAACAGUUUCUUUAAUUUACAAAACAUAUAUUUUAUUGAGCAUAAAAUACAAACUUGAACAUAUCACUCAUAAGCUUCUUAUAAGUGAUUCACGUAUAAA